AUGACGGCUUAUGGUGCUGUGUUUUCUCUUACGAAUUCAAUGAACAACAUUCUCCGCUGUUCUCGAUUUAGCCUCUGUGACGGCUCUCAACAAAUCAUGCUAGUCGUGUACCACAAGUUGGAGCCCUUGAAAAAUAUUCUGGAAAUAUUGGACGACACUAGUGCUAGCAGAUGCAGGAAGAAGGUGAAUGCUUUGGAUGGAAGAAUCAAAGAGGCCAUAUGGAAAUUCGAAGACUCCUUGGAAUCCCUUCUCACGCUCCAGAUUCCUUCACACCUUGAAACUAUUCCAGAGAUAGUCUCCAUUGAUCUGCAGAGUCUGGAAAAUGAUGUUCAUUCAUUGUACCAAUCGCUUGAUGAUAUUGUGAAUGAAUACUUUCAUCAAGUUAAGAAUAUGCCUCAAGACGAACCUGUUUCCUCAAUAAUUGGUUUCCGUGGAAACAACUCAAAGAUGAUUGGAUUAUCAGACCAGUUCCAGCAAGUCAAGAGUGAUCUCAUCAGAAUGCUUGGAUAUCCCAGCUGGAAGUAUGUGUACGCACUUUAUGGGACGGCUGGCGUUGGCAAGACCACUCUUGCAAUGAAAAUCUAUCAAGAUCCCGAAAUUCAGAGCAUAUAUGAGUGUCAUGCCUGGGUCACCGUAGGCAGAGUACCUCAACCGAUCACUCAAAUUUCACGAGGCAUUCUUGCUCAACUGUGUGGAAUCUCUGGUCAAGGAGAUGAAGAAAUAGGUGUCUGCUUGAAAGAAAGAUUGUACGGCAAGAAAUGCCUCAUUGUGUUGGAUGAUGUCUGGGAGACGCCGGUGCGGUUUUUGAACGAAGAAGAGAGUAUGGAUUUACUAUGUAAAAAAGUGUUUGGUGAUGAGAGUUGCCCUCCUCAACUUCACAAAGUUGCUACUGAAAUUGCCAAGCUUUGUGAAGGUCUACCUCUCAUGAUAGUCACUGUUGCCGACUCUCUAUCAAAAUCACAAAAUAGAGACCCAGUCUACUGGAAUGAAGUAGCAAAAAAGAGAAAUUCAGUCUUCACGGAUGCAUAUGAUGAAAUAUCAAAGGUACUUUUCCCAAGUUACAACUACUUACCACAAAGUCUUAAAAUGCCUUUUCUAUUUAUGGGAGUGUUCCCUCAAGAUUAUGAUACUCCCCCUUCCAAGAUCAUCACUAUGCUCAACGCUGAAGGGUUGUUACCCGCAUAUGAUUGGGGAAAUUUUUGUUUGAGAGAGCUAGCUGUCUUCUAUAGUCUUGUUUUAUGCAGCUUCAAGAGCAUGAAUAAAACUUCUGAUGAACUUUCUUUUAGCGAGUAUAAAACUUGUCGGCUUCAUUCUACGUGGCGGCACGUGUGUAGAGUAGAAGCCAGCAAGAACAAGUUUUAUCAUGUCUUAAAUAAGUUAAUUGAUGCCUCAGAAGAAAGUUUAAAAGGUCAGCGAGGCUUGUGUCUCGAAAAUAACAUUUUAUUUGGCAUCAAAGAGUUUCGUGACUCAGUGAGAUUGAAUUGUGCAUUAUCUACACAUUCUCUCCUUUUCUAUGGUCCUUACCACCAAUAUCCAAUCCCUAUAGAUAUCGGUUUCAGGUUGCUAAGGGAAAUAGAUGCUGUUACACAACGUUUCUAUGCUUUUCCAAUAGAAAUUUUGUCACUAGUUCAACUAAAGUACCUUGCUCUAACUUGCAAUGGAGAUCUGCCUCCAACUAUAUCCAAGCUUUUUAAUCUUCGGGUCUUGAUUAUCCAUCCACAUCUGAAUAUUAGACGUUGUAGAGCUCCAUCAUAUAUACCAAUACAAAUAUGGGAUAUGCAAGAAUUAGAGCAUAUUGAGAUAGUGGGGAAGAGCCUUGUAGCUCCAUCUCAUGUUGCUUCUUUGAAUAAGCUCUCAACACUUGUAGCCGUGAAUGCUAGCAUUUGUACUAUCUUGAAACUCUCCGGAAGAAUUCCCAACAUAAAGAAACUAGGAAUACGGAUUGAGCUAACACCUUAUGAUGACAUGCAAAACGACCUUUUGAGUUGCUUUGAUUGUGUUUCAACACUUGGAAGUUUGGAAACACUCAAAAUCAGUAUCACAAAUCCAGUGGUCAAGUAUAGUCAUGUUUUACCGGUGACUCCUGGGUCAUUGAAGUUUCCACGCAAUUUGAGAAAGUUGCAUUUGAGUGGUUUGGGAUUUCCGUGGGAACACAUGGAUGCCAUUGGCUGUUUGCCUCUUCUUGAAGUGCUAAAACUGCGAUCCUACGCCUUUCAAGGGUCUCACUGGGAAACCCAAAGGGAAAGUUUUAGGAGUCUUCGAUUUCUGCUAAUUGAAGAGAGUGAUUUGGUGCAAUGGAAACCAAGGUAUGGAAGCUUCCCCGAGCUUAAAUACCUAAGCAUGAGACAUUGCUACAAACUAAAAGGGAUCCAAAGGCCUGCUUCUUUAUACUUAACUGGAAAUAGGACCGUAGAGAUUGAAAUGGUGGACUGCAAUCCUUUAGCUUUAACUUGUGCCAGCCAAUUGCAACCAAGUAUUGGUGUUAGGCUUCGUGUUCUUGCCUCUUCUUCAUUUUAUGAGAAACCAACAACUACCAUAUUUGAAAGGUUCGGGCGCAAGUAUAUCCCCGAGGUGGAGAGUUGAGACCCCACGUUUUGUAUCCGCAUGUUCAAAAAAGUUAGACGUUUUCCGAAAGAUGAAGAAUGUAUAACGGCACCCUACAAUCUGCAGACAGCUCUGUAUCUCAAUUGAGAUUGCAGGGCAGACACAAGAGAUGCGACUACUCAAGCUCUAAGAUAAGUCGAGAUCGAUCCGAAGUUGUCUGGCAUGUGUAUGAACUAAUAUAGUGUACUAUAAAGAUAUAUUUUCCUUUUUGUUGGCA